AAAAAAGAGGUUAAGGAAAUAGCACAGUUUACGAUGGAGGUAUGCUCCUGUUCCUCAUCAUCUUCAUCCUCCAUCCUAGCCGUCCAUUCCAUUCAUCGACGUUCCAACCCUCGCCUCCCUCUCCGCCACCUGGUUCCACUUACCUCUCCUUAUGCCGUCUCGCUUCAGUGCGCCGGAUUCAUAUCUUCACUGGGGGCCCAUCAUAAUCCACUCUCCAUCUGCCCCGCUCGUCUCCCUCGACGGCCCAGAAGGCCCACCAUCUCCGCCGUUUUCGAGCGUUUCACCGAGCGGGCCAUCAAGGCCGUCAUCUUCUCCCAGCGCGAGGCACGCGCGCUUGGCCGCGAGAUGGUGUUCACCCAGCACCUCCUUCUCGGUCUCAUCACCGAGGAUCGCUCCCCUGAUGGCUUCCUCGGCUCCGGGAUCACCAUCGAGCGUGCCAGAGAGGCUGUUAGAAAGAUUUGGAGCGAGUCCGGACCGCCUCCGUCGUCUAAGUCGGCGACGGACGUCCCCUUCUCCACUAGCUGUAAGCGUGUCUUCGAGGCUGCUGUUGAGUACUCUAGGAGAAUUGGCUGCAACUUCAUCGCCCCUGAGCACAUCGCCAUCGGCCUCUUCACUGAUGAUGAUGGCAGCGCCACCCAGGUCCUCAAGAGCUUGGGAGCGGACGUCAACCGAUUGUCAUCGGUGGCAGUCUCCAGAUUGCAAGGAGAGCUUGCCAAAGAUGGUAGAGAUCCAUCAUCGAUGCGCGCAAGAUCACCUUCUCGGAAGGGCCCCGCGGAGGCGGCGGUGGCCAAGUUUUCCGAUAAGAGAAAAGAGAAGAGUGCACUAGCUCAGUUCUGCGUAGACCUUACCACACGAGCUGCACAAGGGCUUAUUGAUCCUGUCAUUGGUCGAGACUCAGAGGUUCAGAGAAUUGUACAGAUCCUGUGCCGGAGAACAAAGAACAACCCUAUUCUCCUUGGCGAACCUGGUGUUGGGAAGACUGCAAUUGCUGAGGGGCUCGCCCUUAGCAUUGCCAAAGGCGACAUUCCCAUUUUCUUAGCAGGGAAGCGCAUCAUGUCACUAGAUGUGGGUCUAGUGAUGGCUGGUGCAAAGGAGAGGGGAGAACUUGAGGCUAGGGUUACAUCUCUAAUCAGUGAAGUAAAGCAAGCAGGUGAUGUGAUUCUCUUCAUCGAUGAAGUUCACACACUUAUUGGAUCUGGUACAGUUGGCAGAGGAAACAAGGGUUCUGGUCUUGACCUUGCUAACCUGUUGAAGCCACCUCUUGGUAGAGGAGAAUUACAGUGCAUUGCAUCUACAACUUUAGAUGAGCACAGGAUGCAUUUUGAGAAUGAUAAGGCAUUAGCCAGGCGAUUUCAGCCAGUGUUCAUAGGUGAACCUAACCAGGAGGAUGCUGUGAGAAUAUUGUUGGGAAUUCGUGAGAAAUAUGAAGCUCACCAUAAAUGCAGAUUCACACUUGAAGCCUUAAAUGCUGCAGUGUAUCUCUCUUCCAGAUAUAUUGCUGAUAGACAUCUUCCUGAUAAAGCUAUAGAUCUAAUUGACGAAGCUGGAAGUAGGGCUAGGAUGGAUGCAUUUAAAAGGAAGAAGGAACAGACUUCUAUCCUCUCAAAGUCACCAGAAGAGUAUUGGCAGGAGAUUAAGGCUGUUCAGACGAUGCAUGAUGUGGUGUUGGCUAAUAAAUUGAAAUAUUCUUUGGGCCAAAGUGGCACAGUGGAUGGUGACAAUGCUGAAAUGACUGGGGAUUCUGUAUCCAUCUCAGAAUCAUCAAUCUCAUCAGCAUUGGAUGAUGACGGACCAGUACUUGUUGGACCAGAGGAAAUUGCCACAGUGGCUUCAUUAUGGUCUGGGAUACCUGUUCAACAACUCACUGUGGAUGAAAGAAAGCUCCUAGUUGGUCUUGAUGAUGAGCUUAGGAAACGUGUGAUUGGCCAAGAUGAUGCUGUCAAUGCUAUUGCUCGUGCUGUGAAAAGAUCACGUGUUGGGCUCAAGGACCCUGAUAGACCUAUUGCUGCAUUACUGUUCUGUGGGCCAACUGGAGUUGGUAAAACCGAGCUUACAAAAGCUCUGGCAGCAUCCUAUUUUGGCUCGGAAUCAGCCAUGAUCAGAUUGGACAUGAGUGAAUACAUGGAAAGAUAUUCCGUUAGCAAGCUAAUUGGAUCCCCUCCAGGUUAUAUAGGCUAUGGAGAAGGGGGUACUUUGACUGAAGCAGUAAGGAGAAAGCCUUUUACAGUGGUACUGCUUGAUGAAAUAGAGAAAGCCCACCCUGACGUAUUCAAUAUCCUACUUCAAAUAUUUGAGGAUGGACACCUUACUGACUCUCAGGGCCGAAGAGUGUCAUUCAAGAAUACAUUGAUUGUCAUGACAUCUAAUGUAGGUUCUACAGCGAUUUCCAAAGGUAGGCGGAACAUAGGUUUCUUGAUUGCUGGAGAUGAAGAGUCAAGUUCAUAUGCUGCAAUGAAAGCACUGGUGACAGAUGAGUUGAAGCAAUUCUUCCGGCCUGAACUGCUUAACAGGAUAGAUGAAGUGGUUGUAUUCCGGCCGCUUGAGAAAGAGCAGAUGCUGGAGAUUCUCAAUAUAAUAUUGGAAGAAAUAAAAGGCAGACUCAUGUCCCUUGGAAUUGGGCUCAAUGUGACUCCUGCGAUCAUGGACUUGGUUUGCCAAGAAGGCUUCGAUCGAAACUAUGGUGCUCGACCUCUAAGAAGAGCUGCCACCCAUCUCAUCGAGGACGUCAUCAGUGAAUCCCUUCUCGCAGGUGACUACAAACCUGGGGAUACUAUUGUAAUUGAUGUGGAUGCUUCAGGCUCCCCAGCUGUGAGCUUGCUCUCAGAUCAUAGUAUCAAUUUAUCGGACGCAACAUCGACAUCUUCAUCUACAUUGUAGGAUCUAAGCCUGUGUAGCCUCAGAUAGCAUUAUUUUAUUUUAUUUGUUUUGCUUUACUUACAGGGCUAAAUGUAUAGUGUAUUAUAACCAUGAGUGGUAUUGGUUGUAUAUAAUUCUGAAGAACAAUUUGUUGUAUUGGUCAUACUUAAAGUGUAGCAGUCAUAGUAAUAUUGCAGAAAAAGGGUAUUGAAUAAUCUUAUACACAA